AUGGGCUCCUUCCUCGAGGACCUGCUCGAGCCGGGCACUGCCAUCAAAAUGGUGCCGGUCGCCAACGCGGCGCUCAUAGCACUCAUGGUGGUGAUGCUGGCAAGUGCCGUCGCGUGGCCGAACAUCGCGAUCCAUCUGUACGCGAUGACCGGGCUCGCCCUGGGCCUCUUCGGCUCGCUCAACUGGGUCGCGAAAGAGCUCCAGCGCGAAAAGGCAGACUAGCACUCCUGCUUUUGCUGCACGCCGUCGACGCCGUGAAUCUGUACGAUGUAGUCAGACGGCCGCCGCCGCGUCGGAGCGCGCCUUCAUUCUUUGAAGUGCCUGCGUCGAACGGCACGCUCGUCCAGGUGCCCAAGUUGAUCUACGCGACGGCGCACAAGCGCCACCGAACUGCGGAGCUGGUGAAGAAGGCGUUCGACGCUGGUUUCCGAGGUGUGGACACGGCGCACGGCGAGCGGAAGCGGUACAACGAGAGCGCCGUCGGCGAGGCUCUGGUCGACGGCGUCUUUCUGUGCAUAAAUCAAAUUCUCGCGGCGCGGCACAUCAACGCGACGCCAGCUCGAUGGCGUGGCGGUUGUGGGUCUUACACCACUCGAUUCAGUCAUCACGGCCUGCGCCCGGCUUACUGUUUGAUUUGCGCACAGGCGUCUUCGUGCAGCUCAAGGUCCACUACACGGCGUCGUCGUCGGGCGAUGCCGGGCGACGGUGCUACGCGGCGGCGCGGCGCGGCCUCGACGAGCUGGGCGUGGCUCGCGUCGGCGGUCUUUUAUUGCGGGGCCCGUCGGAGGAGGCGCGGCAAACUAGCAAGCUGACAGACGACGACGUCGCGGCGUGGCGCGCUGUGUGGAAAUCAACCAGUGUGUCGGGUGCACCCGAUAAUUCUUCACUAAGUCAAUUCUCGGCGAUGACGUGCCCGCGCUGGCUGAUACGCGUCGUCGUGAGAGACCCACGCCGCCACGCCAUCGAGCAGGCGUCGCGUCGAUGGCGUGGAGGACGAAGCGAUCACGCGCCGUACAUUUGAUUUCCACACAGGUGGCGCGCGCUGCAGCGCUUGGUGAAGGAAGGCCGCACCGAUUUGAUUGGCGUGUGCAACUUCCCGCCGCCACUCCUGGAAGAACUUCUACGAUUGGACGGGCCUAGAUGUAGCCUGCACCAGACACGGUUGCGAGCCGACCGCGCGUUCAACGGCGAGGACCGCGCUUUAGCUGAAAAACAUGGCGUCGUGCUCCAGGCUCCUGGGCUUGUGACGACGAACGCGCCCGCGCUGCGGCGGUCCUCGGCGCUGUCGGCGCUGGCGGCGAAGCGGGGCGCGACGCCGGAACGGACGUUGUUGGCCUUUGCUCUGCGGCUUGGUGUCGUCGCCGUCGUCGGUUCCGCGUCCCCGAAGCACGUCCUGGACGACCUCGGCGCUGUGGAGUUGGCGGCUUCGUUGUCUCCUUCCGACAUCGACGGCGUGCUUGCUGCCCAUCCGGAUCGGCACAAACCUGAUACGCGGCGGGGGAUGCGGCGCGGGCCCAAAAAACGGAAGCGGUCCCUGCGCGGCCGCGGCGGCGGGGCCCGCGUGUGAGUAAUGCGGUUUGUGGUU